GUUCAGUGCAGAACCAGGAAGAGCGACACCAGCAGAACCGUCGACGCGUCACAAGGAUCGUGUGUUUGUGUUUUUAGGAAACAUGUGAUGACUCAUGCACGGAAAAAAGGUUCCCUCGGCCAGUAUCAUGGUGAGGGGUGGGGCCACAUAGAGAGCUGGUUGCAUGAGGAAACUUUGGGUGGAGUCUUGCCUGUGCGUUCAUUGCAAGAAGGCAAGACAAAGAAGGACAUGGCAAAAAAAGUAAAGACCACGAGUCACGUGCCAAAACGUUCAAUGAAAAUGGGUAAAACUAAGAAGGACUUAUCCAAGAGAGAGCAGAGGUCAGAGCGCAAACGGAAGCUUUACCCAUUACGGAGAAGGGGUGGCGCUUCAGAGAAGAAGGCUUUGAGUUGUCAUGUUCUGCUUACUCGUCUAGACGAUUGGGAAGAAGACAACAAGAAGAGUAAGGCAGAUCGCAGCAGAGUUUCAGGGCACAAAUCCAAAUCCAAAUCUAAUAAUAAAGCAGAAAACAAGAGGGAAACCACCAAAAUCAUGAAAGAGGCCACCAUUUAUAAACCUUUAACUCAGGAGCCACGUAAACGUAGACUAGCCUCUCUCAACGCUGAGGCCGUCAACAGUCUGUUGCUUGAGAAAGCGGAUGGACCACCUGGUGCCAAACUUGCCAAGAAACAAGGAUAUGGUACUACUUCUGCUGAACAAACAAAGACUUGCCCGAACCCAAAAAGGGCCUCGCAAGCUUCUAAGUCUGAGACAUGCCAAAAUCCCAAGCAGAUGAAGAAAGACAAGGUUGAAGAGAAGGAUAAGAGUGAAGUCGGUCUGUAUGCUCCUACACCCAGACGAUUAGCUGGACUCAAUGCUGCUGCUUUUCUGAAGCUCACAAGCUCAACAACAGGAAAUAAGCUGAGGAUAAAAACGGACAAUAAGAGCCUUUGUGCAUCAGGGAAACAUGCCGUACGCUGCAAGCCCAAAGCGCAAAAGUCUAAAAAACAAAUCUGUAAGCAGCCUGUACUGAAAGACUUUGAGUUGAAACUGAAGGAUGAAGGCUCUCCGGAAAGCCAUCGCUUAACCAAACCAGGGUACCAAUCCUGUAAUAUGCUGGGAUAUCCCGUGAAAGUCGUUAAAGAGGAACAGGUGGAAGCAGACUUGAGUCCAUAUUAUUGCUGUCCACCUGAAGGUUCAGUUGAGUACUGCCACAGGUUGGCACUCUUCCUCGAGCAAAAGGCCUACGGCGAGACCGAGGAGCACCCCGUGACCUCAGUCAAGCAUGAAUGCCUGGUUCCUCCACCCUCACUGGCCCAUCCAGCUCUCACCCUGAGUGCUCAUCCAUGCCUGUGUGCAGAUCCGUGUCACUCUAGUUACUAUGUCCACAUCGCCCACGCUAGACCACCAGGAGCCAGUUUGAGCACACAGCCGCUACCAUGCGCACACAGCCCUUUUUGCCCUCAUGGGGUUUCUGGAUCCAAGCUGCUGGCCCCCUCAGGUAUCCCACACCAUGCCUUCUGUAACUCAGUAGGGUCACCCUGCUACCGUGAGGCCUGUACGGUAAACAGGUACGCCUUUAGUGCCAUGCAGCCGGUGACCAGCAGGGCAUGCCCUUUCUCCACGAACUGCUCCAACUGUAGCCACCCUAUCAAAACAGGCUACUCCUCAUCUCAAGAAGAGCACAGUUGCACAUUACUCGUUCCUCCGGCUUUGCCUCUAUCCAGAUGCCCUAGUGUGCCCAGAGUAAACCCAUCUUCCCCGGCUGUGCCACGUCUUCUCAACACGCUGUCAGACCGCAGACAGGCAGAAGUCCAUCUUAAGGUGGCCAAAGAAUGCCCCCAAAACACCAAACCGCCCAACGGCUCACUCGCUAUAGGCCACACGAGACUGUCCCAGAGACCACCAACCACCGGUCCAGCAAGUGCCAAACAUCAGAAGAAGGUGAGCCGCCGCCGGGUCACAAACGGGUGGCGACCUGUCGGAGUGCCCACGAAAAAGGAGGUCUUUAUUGCGGGCGAUGAUGAGAUGGUUCUGCGUCAGUGUUAUGAAGGAGUCGAGCGAGAUGGUGAAGUGAUCAGGGUUCGAGACACGGUGCUCUUACGAUCUGGACUCCGCAAGAAAUCCCUGCCAUAUGUGGCCAAGAUUUCAGCUCUGUGGGAAGAUCCUAGAUCAGGAGAGCUCAUGAUGAGUUUGUUCUGGUAUUAUCAACCUGAACACACACAAGGAGGCCGGGAUCCCAGCAUGCACUGUGAGAAUGAGAUCUUCGCCUCUCGACAUCAAGAUGAAAACAGCGUGGCAUGCAUUGAAGACAGAUGUUACGUUCUGCCGUUAGCACAGUACUGCAGAUUUUGUGCAUUGGUCAAGCGCCGAUCGGAGGGCGUAUGUGACAGCACGCCGGUGGUGCCCGGCCCUUCAGACAGUGCCAUCCCUCCUCACCGCCUUGUGCCCGAUGACGUCGACCCUGAGCUGGUGUACCUGUGCCGCCAUGUCUACGACUUUCGAUACGGCCGCAUCCUGAAGAAUUUGCAGUAAAACUGAAACGCAACCCAAAGUCUGUGACGCACAAUGAAAGUGACCCAGAGAGAGGACGAUUCUACAUGAUGUCCAAUGAAACACCCGAUUCAGAGGUAUGUGGGGUCACUAUACAGACAGAACAUGGUGAUCUAAGGGAUGAGAAGUUGAGAAUCUGUCCUAACCCUAACUGCCAAUGGAAGAAAAUACUGAGAACAAGAAUAAGACUCAGUGAAAGUUUCUCUGUGCAUCAGUUCACUGAAGGUUCGGCCCUCUGUUCAAUGGUCAUGUACACUGGACUGAAGAAGAUCUGAAGGAUCUGAAACUACAAAGCAGACUUUAAGUCUGAGUGAAGUACAGACACAAGACCCAGACCUGUCAGUCCAAGAACAGAUGAUAUUGCAGCUGACCUGUGAUUGUGUUAAUUAUCAGUGAUUAAAUUAAUGAUACCGGACGUAUGUGCGUAUGUGUGCACAUAGAAGAGCGCUCAUGAUUGCGACCAUGUCUGUCUGUCUGUCUGUCUUGGUGAGAUUCAGGAAACUCUGUUGAGAGGUCGUCCAUCCAGAUCUAGAGAGUACCAAAUAUUUCAAUAUAACCCUGAAAACAAAGAGUAAAAAUAUAUAGAUGUGCUCGAGGAAUUUGCAAACUUUAAAGGGAUAGUUCACCCAAAAAUGUAAAU